AGCAACGGCGAGGUUCAGGCGCGUGCCCCCAUCAGCUGGCAGUACACGUGACGUAAACAUCGCAGGUUGUCUGACCUCACUGGAACAAGGAAUGCUGAGUUUUCAUUAUUCCCUGGGACAGUGAUGGGAGGCUGUGUGGGGAGGAGUAGGAUGGAUGGACAAGGGAGUGCCCGAAGCUCGACAAGAAGCAAAAAACGUGGAGGACGCAAUGAGCCCCUCAAGAAGGAGCAUCCGAAGUGGAAGAGUGAGUACCCGAUGACAGAGGGCCAGCUGAGGAGUAAAAGGGAUGAGUUUUGGGACACGGCUCCUGCCUUUGAUGGAAGGAAAGAGAUCUGGGACGCACUUAGAGCAGCAGCCCUGGCUGCAGAGUGCAAUGACCUGGAGCUAGCACAGGCUAUAGUGGACGGAGCCUGCAUUACUCUACCACACGGCUCUCUCACAGAAAGCUACGAUGAACUGGGCAACCGCUACCAGCUCCCAGCCUACACUUUAGUCCCGCCUGUCAACCUCAUAUCUGAAACGUCCAGUGAGUGCAAAGUCUCUGACUCCACACAAAAACAAGCUCAACCCCCUCCGUGCAGACAAGAGUUCCAGCUGCGGGUGCGAUUGUCAUCAGGAAAGGAUGUGCGUCUGACAGCCAGCAUGGCGGACUCCAUCGCUGAGCUAAAAAAACAAUUGGAAGAACAGGAAGAAAUUGAAGUGACUCGCCAGAGGUGGUUCUUUUCUGGGAAGCUCCUGACUGACAAGACUCGCCUUCAAGAUGCCAAGAUCCAGAAGGACUUUGUCGUCCAAGUGAUUGUCAAUAUAAACCCUCCAUUCAUAGCUAACUGAGGAAAGAGACAGUAGGCUAUGAAAAUAAGAAAAAUAUAAAGGUGCCACAGAGGGGGGCAGGAGUAGGAGUAGGGCUUGAAAUUAUUUUCCAGUUGGCACAGCAGUGGAACUUUGUGUACAUUUUUAUAUAAGAAAUUAUUGCUUUUAUAUUGCUCCUUUUUGUAUCUUUUCCUUUUUUCCAAAUGAAGUAAGAAUAUUGAAAAGCACUGAAACACUUUAGAUUAAAAUUAGUGUCCUAAAAUACAAAUCCCAGUGUCUGUCUGUCUGUCUGCCUGCCUGUCUGUCUGUCUGUCUGUCUGUCUGUCUGUCUGUCUGUCUGCCUGCCUGUCUGUCUGCCUGUCUGUCUCACUGUCUGUCUGUUUGUGUGGACAUCAACUCUAUAUUUUAAACGGGUCCUCCUCGUCGUGUGUGUUUGUACUUGUGCUUAAACUGAAUAUUGUUCAUCUUGGGCCGGGGUCCAAAUAAGGAAAAUACAUUCCCCCUUUUAUUUUUAAAAUUUUAUUUUUUAAGAUUUCUGUCAUGUGAUUUGAAAAAAAAGAAAAAUGUAAAUAUCAGUUUCCGUAUGUGUUGUUUGGUCAUGUGCACACAACAUUUUCAAUUUACAACUGUAUAUUUUUAAGAAAGACACCGAAGGCAACGAAGGCACCUUUAUAAAAGGUAAUAGAAGAUGAUCAGGUUUGUUUUUUAUUUCAUCACUCCAAACAAAAUACUGAAGUCUUAUGUACAAUAUGAUGCUCACUGUACUUGAAUAACUUAUCAAUAAAUAUUGUGAAUUUAAAAUAAUUCUCCUUUUUAGUAUUAAUAGGUACCACAAGUCUCUAAAGUUAGAACUUAUCCUAAAGCAAGUCAUAACUAGAGGUAUCUGGGGAGUUGCAAUCUAUCUAUCUAUCUAUGUGGAAAAAUAAACAUUGUAUGUCAUGUUGUUGCCUGUAAUCG